CCAAGGCUUAGAAAGUUCCAGACAAGCUCACACAUCUAAUGGCUGUGUCAGACAGCAAUCUGGCUUUCGUGAUUCCACAAAAGGUUCCUGUAGUUCAGUCUCAGCCUCACAGAGCCCGUUGGCUAAGGGGGAGCUGAAGGUGGUGGGGACCUGCCUGGUCAGAGAGCCUGACUCUCAGGAGAUUUCUGUUACAGCAUCCUCAUCUUCAUGGCCCUUAAGAACAGCAAGACCGGAAGCCUUCCAGUCAGCGAAAUCUACAAUUUCAUGACCGAGCACUUCCCGUAUUUCAAGACGGCGCCUGAUGGCUGGAAGAAUUCCGUUCGCCAUAACCUGUCUCUCAACAAGUGCUUCGAGAAGGUGGAAAACAAAUCUGGAAGUUCCUCUAGAAAGGGCUGUCUGUGGGCCCUCAAUCCUUCCAAGAUCGACAAGAUGCAGGAAGAGCUGCAGAAAUGGAAGAGGAAGGACCCCGUCGCUGUGCGCAAAAGCAUGGCCAAGCCAGAAGAGCUGGACAGCCUCAUUGGAGACAAAAGGGAGAAACUGGGCUCUCCGUUGCUGGGCUGUCCACCCCCUGGGAUGGCAGGCCCAGGCUCCAUCCGGCCUCUGGCACCCUCAGCUGGUCUCUCUCAACCUCUGCACCCAAUGCACCCAGCUCCAGGCCCCAUGCCUGGCAAGAACCCUCUGCAGGACCUACUGGGUGGUCAUGCACCCUCCUGCUACGGGCAGACCUACCCACAUCUUUCUCCCAGCCUGGCCCCUUCUGGACACCCGCAGCCAUUGUUCCCACAGCCAGAUGGGCAUCUGGAGCUGCAGGCCCAGCCGGUCACCCCCCAGGACUCACCUCUACCUGCCCACACACCACCCAGCCACAGUGCCAAGCUUCUGGCUGAGCCUUCCCCAGCCAGGACUGUGCACGAUACUCUGCUGCCAGAUGGAGACCUUGGUACUGACCUCGACGCCAUCAAUCCCUCUCUCACCGACUUUGACUUCCAGGGAAAUCUGUGGGAGCAGCUGAAGGAUGACAGCUUGGCCCUGGACCCCCUGGUACUGGUGACCUCGUCCCCGACGUCAUCCUCCAUGUUGCCACCCCCACCAGCAGCCCACUGCUUCCCCCCGGGGCCCUGUCUGUCAGAAACAGGCAAUGGAGCAGGUGAACUGGCACCUCCAGGCAGCGGGGGCUCCGGGGCCCUGGGAGACCUGCACCUCAGCACCCUCUACUCGGCCUUUGUGGAACUGGAACCCACGCCCUCCUCAGCUGCUGGGGGCCCUGCAGUGUACCUCAGUCCCGGCUCCAAGCCAAUGGCGCUGGCUUGAGCUGUGUCCAACAUCAGCUCCCACCUUUUCCUGGACUGAAGUCCCAGCUAGCUGCCCAUAUCGGGCUCACCUUAAAGGUCACAGAAGGAAAACACUACCUGUCUCCUGUGCCGCUCAGCCCACGUGUUAACCGACGGCUGGAGGAUCCACCUAGGAUGCUGCCUUGAUGGACAGCUCCUCACGCAGCGACCCAGCAGGGCAGGUGUCCGCAAAGAAGCAACAAGCGCGCCCCCUAGCUCCAGCUCACCCGAACUUCAGCUCUCAGGCGUGCAGGGAAGCUCAACACACCUGCCCACGCGCCUCACGCGCAGAGGUAGCCACAGAACACCGCAGAGACUGCCUUGACUUCUAGGGCAGCUGAGAGCUAAAAGCUUUGGUUAGCAAAGCUCAGGGCCAGUGUGACAGGUCAAAGAUCCCCCCUCCCCAAGCCUCAUCUAAUUCCCGUGUAGGCCUGGCCCACUCCAGUAAUGUUCCCUCCCGGAAGUCUGUAUUUAUUCUCCUGUCUUCACCCCUGCGCCCACAAGGGCUCCUCCCAUGUGGCCUGUGAACCCCUUAGGGAGACCGCUACUUCAUAGCCAGGCUUAACCAAUCCAUCCUCAGUGUAUACUCCGGCUGGCCACCUCCAGGGUGACCCACAGAAAGGCAGUAUCUACCAAACUGAGCCCAAAUCCAACACAAAGUGCUUGGAAACACCCUUGUCCUCCGAAACUUGAACUUGCCCUCCUCCCGUAGUCUCAGUCACGCGAAGGGUCCCCUCCAGGCUGCCCAUAGUCUAACUCUUUCUCAAAGAGAAGGUCACACGGUUCAGGUCCAGCUUACUAGUUGCUGUCAAUGGUCUCAAGCAUUCUGGGUAACCAGAGAUUGCAGCCUGCUACAGGAGAUGUGUGGGAUGUGUGUAACCACACACACACACACACACACACACACACACACACACACACACACACACACCCCUGCAUAGCAGACUUGGGAUACCCAGGGAGCAGGCAGGAUGUUUGUGGAACUGGGGCUAUGACUCAGAUGUCCACCAUGGCCCUCCAAGUGGGAUCCUCAGCCUUCUCUAGGCCUGAGGGCAACAAGUACCUGCAAAGGUUGUCCUCAAGCUCACACAAGGGGGAGCAGAUCCCUCAGCAGUCUACCAUUGUCCCCUGUCCUAGAAUAAAAUAAGUGCCGGAUGUCGCAGACACUGACCU